GCGUCGAAGCUCAGCCCCUGUCGGGGAAGAUGGCUGGUGGAGAUGGGAUACUGCGCCGCCUGCUGAGGCUGCACCGCACCGAGAUCGCGGUGGCCAUAGACAGCGCCUUUCCGCUGCUGCAUGCUCUAGCCGACCACGACGUGGUCCCAGAGGACAAGUUCCAGGAGACACUCCGGCUGAAGGAGAAAGAAGGCUGCCCCCAAGCCUUCCACGCCCUGCUGUCCUGGCUCCUGACCCGGGACAGUGGGGCCAUCCUGGAUUUCUGGAGGAUUCUCUUUAAAGACUACAAUCUGGAGCGGUACAGCCGCCUGCAUACCGUCCUGGAAGGCUUCCCAAAAGAUGUGGACCUAAGCCAGCCCCGGAAAGGGAGGAAGCCCCUUGCUGGUCCCAAGGCCUCGAUACUGCCGCCCAGACCCCCCACCAAGAGAAGAGCCCUAGAGGAGCCUCGAGCCGCCCCACCUGCAACUCUGCCCUCAAAGAGCAUCUCCAGCCCAGGCUCCCACCCAAAGGCCAAGCCCCCUAAGAAGCCAGAGGGCAACCUGGAGUCACAGCGCCUCCCUCUGGGAAACGGAAUACAGACCGUGGCAGCAUCCGUCCAGAGAGCUGUGACCGUGGCCUCCGGGGAUGUCCCAGGAACCCGAGGGGCCGUGGAAGGGAUCCUUAUCCAGCAGGUGUUUGAGGCAGGAGGAUCCAAGAAGUGCAUCCAGGUUGGGGGUGAGUUUUACACACCCAGCAAGUUCGAAGACCCCAGCGGCAAUUUGAAGAACAAGGCCCGAGGCGGUAGCAGCCUAAAGCCAGUGGCCCGAGCCAAAGGAGCCCAGGUCACCCUACCAGGUAGAGAUGAGCAGAAAGCGGGCCAGCAGUGUGCGGUCCCUCCCCUUCCACCCCUCCCCAGUGAGCCCCAGGUUCACCAGAAGAACGAGGAUGAGUGUGCGGUGUGCCACGACGGAGGUGAGCUCAUCUGCUGUGACGGCUGUCCCCGGGCCUUCCACCUGGCUUGCCUGUCCCCACCUCUGCAGGAGAUCCCCAGUGGCCCCUGGAGAUGCUCCUGCUGCCUCCAGGGCAGAGUCCAGCAGAACCUGUCCCAGCCUGAGGAGUCCAGGCCUCUGGAGCCACCUGCAGAGACCCCGAUCCUCCUGGGACUGAGGGCAGCUUCAGAGAAAACCAGGGCCCCGACCAGGGAGCUCCCAGCCAGCUCCGAUGCUGCCAUCACGUAUGUGAACCUGCUGGCCCCACCUUCUACAGCCCCUCUGCUGGAGCCUUCAGCACUAUGCCCUCUACUGAGUGCUGGGACUGAGGGGCAGCUGGGUCCCGCACCGAGCGCCCGAUGCGGUGUGUGCGGUAACGGAACCGACGUGCUGCGGUGCACACACUGUGCCGCUGCCUUCCACUGGCGCUGCCACUUCCCGACGGCCGCUGCCCGACCGGGGACCAAUCUCCGCUGCAAGUCCUGCUCCGCAGACCCGACUCCCGCGCCAGGCACACCGGGCGGGGCUGUACCCACCUCUGUGCCCCGACCAGCACCUGGCCUUGCCAAGGGAGGGGACGACUCUGCUAGUCAUGACCCUGUGCUACACAGGGACGACCUGGAGUCCCUCCUGAAUGAGCAUUCCUUCGACGGCAUCCUGCAGUGGGCCAUCCAGAGCAUGUCACGCCCAUUGGCCGAGACACCGCCCUUCUCUUCCUGACUCCAGGUGGUCCAGGAAGGGUGGACAGCAUAGCACUGGCCCCCACCCAACCCCACCCACCGGCUGGGCCUUGCACCAGUGGCCGCUCUGUUCUGAGAGGGCUGGGCUGGCGGGACCGAGAGCUUGCAGGUUCCGGCUGGGCUGGCAGGACUCAGCAUGCAGAUGGCCCUGGUCUUUGCAGAGAUGCAAGG